AUGGAUCCUGUCCGACCACGCUUCAGGGGCCUGUCUCCCGUGCACCCAUCUCAGUCUGUGCGGAUGCCAGGCUCUUGGCCACAAGCUCCAACACCUUUGGACCCAUCUCUGAGCAGGGCAGGACCUGCAGGCAGGGGCCAUGUGUUUGGAAAGCAAAGGGAGCCGAGUCCACAGAGUGGGCCAGUGCAAAAGGAGGCUGUGGGUUUAGUCUCAAUGUUCCGAGGACUGGGCCUUGAAACAGCAUCCCAGACCCCUCUGAAACGGGAGAUGCUUCCUUUAGGUAGAGGCAUUUUAGGUCUAGGCUUACCUACCAAUAUGGCAUGCAAGGACAAAGAAGAACCCCAUCCCACUUUUCUGGAUACUUCAUUGUUGGCAGCUGGGGAUAGCAAGAUGGCAGAGGCCUCCGUUGGUUGGAAUAGGAUGCUCAGAAGAGGGAAUUUGAAUGCGUCUGUGUUACCAGUGGGAAGAGCAGCUGGUGGUUUAAGCAGAGGAAUAUACAGGGCUCCCAGUGCUCUCAGCCUGGCUUCUCAGGAUCCUGCCCAGCUCUCACCUCUGCCUCCUCUGCCCCAGGCCCCACUAUACUCUCUUGAUAGCCCUCCACUUGGAACUGCAGAGCGCAAGAAAGAGCUUUUUGUGAAGCAAGGAUCAAAAGGAACACCUCAAUUUUUGGGAUUGAACCUUAUCAAAAUACAGUGUCAUAAUGAAGCAGUUUAUCAAUAUCAUGUGACUUUCAGCCCCAACGUGGAGUGCAAAAGCAUGAGGUUUGGCAUGUUGAAGGACCAUCAAGCUGUCACCGGAAAUGUCACUGCUUUUGAUGGAUCCAUUCUCUAUCUACCUGUUAAGCUUCAGCAAGUUCUUGAGUUAAAGAGUCAAAGGAAAACUGACAGUGCUGAGAUCACCAUUAAGAUUCAGUUGACAAAGAUCCUGGAGCCCUGUUCUGACUUGUGCAUUCCCUUCUACAAUGUUGUAUUCCGUCGGGUAAUGAAACUUUUGGACAUGAAACUUGUUGGAAGAAACUUCUAUGACCCUACAAGUGCUAUGGUGCUGCAGCAGCACAGAUUGCAGAUCUGGCCAGGCUAUGCAGCUAGCAUCCGGAAGACAGACGGAGGUCUUUUCCUGCUAGCUGAUGUCUCCCAUAAGGUCAUUCGGAAUGAUUCUGUGCUGGACAUCAUGCACACCAUGUACUUGCAGAACAAAGAAAGCUUCCAGGACGAGUGCACUAAGCUUCUGGUGGGCAGCAUUGUUAUAACCCGGUACAACAAUCGCACCUAUCGUAUCGAUGAUGUGGACUGGAACAAGACUCCGAAAGACAGCUUCACCAUGUCUGAUGGGAAGGAGAUUACAUUCUUGGAAUACUACAGCAAAAACUAUGGGAUCACAGUCAAGGAAGAGGACCAGCCGCUGCUGAUCCACAGGCCCAGUGAGAGACAGAACAACCAAGGGAUGUUGCUAAAAAGCGAAAUCCUGCUGCUCCCUGAGCUUUCCUUCAUGACUGGAAUCCCUGAGAAGAUGAAGAAGGACUUCAGAGCCAUGAAGGAUUUGACCCAGCAGAUCAACCUGAGCCCCAGACAGCACCGUAGUGCUUUGGAAUGCUUGCUACAGAGAAUUUGGAAAAAUGAGACAGCUAACAGUGAACUGACACGUUGGGGACUCUAUCUGCAGAAGGAUGUACAUAAGAUUGAAGGACGUGUUCUGCCAAUGGAAAGAAUUAACUUAAGAAAUACGUCAUUUAUCACAUCUCCAGAACUAAACUGGGUUAAGGAAGUAACCAGAGACCUUUCCAUCUUGACUGUCCCCAUGCAUUUCUGGGCACUGUUUUACCCAAAGAGAGCAAUGGAUCAAGCCCGAGAGCUGGUGAACAUGUUGGAGAAGAUAGCUGGCCCCAUGGGCAUGCAUAUGAGCCCACCAGCCUGGGUGGAACUGAAGGAUGACCGCAUAGAGACCUAUGUCAGAACCAUUCAGUCCAUGCUGGGGGUUGAGGGGAAGAUACAGAUGGUUGUUUGCAUCAUCAUGGGAACACGUGACGAUCUCUAUGGGGCCAUUAAAAAGCUGUGCUGUGUGCAGACUCCUGUACCCUCACAGGUCAUCAAUGUCCGAACCAUUGGUCAGCCCACCAGGCUUCGAAGUGUGGCCCAGAAAAUUUUACUUCAGAUUAACUGUAAAUUGGGUGGUGAGCUCUGGGGAGUGGAUAUUCCUCUGAAACAGUUGAUGGUGAUUGGGAUGGAUGUUUACCACGACCCCAGCAGAGGCAUGCGCUCCGUCGUUGGCUUCGUCGCAAGCAUCAAUCUCACCCUCACAAAAUGGUAUUCACGAGUGGUGUUCCAGAUGCCUCAUCAGGAGAUUGUGGAUAGCCUGAAGCUAUGCCUGGUGGGCUCCUUAAAAAAGUUUUAUGAGGUGAACCACUGCCUCCCGGAGAAGAUUGUGGUGUACCGUGAUGGAGUGUCUGAUGGCCAACUAAAGACAGUUGCCAACUAUGAAAUUCCUCAGCUACAGAAGUGUUUUGAAGCUUUUGAGAAUUAUCAUCCCAAGAUGGUGGUGUUUGUAGUGCAGAAGAAAAUUAGCACCAACCUGUACCUGGCUGCCACUGAGAACUUUGCGACUCCCUCCCCUGGGACCGUGGUAGAUCAUACAAUAACAAGCUGUGAGUGGGUGGACUUCUACCUUCUUGCCCAUCAUGUGCGGCAGGGUUGUGGCAUUCCAACCCAUUAUGUUUGUGUUCUCAACACUGCAAACCUGAGCCCUGAUCAUAUGCAAAGGUUGACUUUCAAACUCUGCCACAUGUACUGGAAUUGGCCGGGUACCAUUAGAGUUCCAGCUCCUUGCAAGUAUGCCCACAAGCUAGCCUUCCUGUCAGGACAGAUUUUGCACCAUGAACCAGCCAUCCAGCUAUGCGAGAACCUGUUCUUCCUGUGA